AUGUCGUCAUCAAAGUUUCCGGCGAUUAAAUCGGCGACGAAGAGACAUCCGUUAACUAGCUACUCGCUUUCUUCUUCCGAUCGAAAGGAAAAAUCGAUGCUUCGAUGUGCAAAAAAAGCUCGUUCUGCGGCAGCCUUGGAUCAGCCGAACGCGUGUUUGUCGGAGUCCUUUUCCUCAAUGGCAGAUUCAGCGGCAACCAAAACGGUGAAUAAAAGACCAGGCACCCAGCACCAGACGGCCUUUGGCCUUUCCAUAAAGGGGAGCAGUUUAAUGGCGGAAAAAGAGGCGCUUCUCGAGAACUGGAGAAGCUCUAUGCUGAGGUACGAAACGGAGCUUCGGGAGCUGGCAUCCUGUAGCCCGUCGGAACCCCCAACAGAGUUUCGCAUCAUUAAGGUACUGCAGUUGUACGACUGCAUCACUCGCCGCAUUGACGACAGCCUAUCUCCCUACCUGGCGGAGCUGCUCCGUCUAUUUCGGAUUGAGUUUUGCCGUGCAAUUUUUUUGCGAAAUCGCGUCGAUGCGAUUGGAACCCCCAAUACUUCUCUUGGAGGCGAGGGUGUUGUGGAUCCCACGAUGGAGGGUGACGUGGUAACCUUUUUCGAGCAGAUCAACUCCCUCCUGCAUGAAAACGCGCACUUAACGCGUGAGCUGAAAACGAGUGGGGCGGAAGUGAAUGCGAUAGAGCUGAAGUGUGACGUGGAGCAACUCAAGGGAACCAUCAAGCUCUGCGAGAAUGAGAUCGAGCGCCUGGCUUUGCAGAAUUCCCACGUCACGCAGCAGUAUUGGGAACUUCAGGAUAAAAUGGCUGCUGAGAAGGAAGCUCACGCAUCCCAGGUGGCCGCCCUGGAGAAGGAUCUACGGGCGGUAAGUGUGGAGAACAAAGACCUCCAGCUUCGCCUGUUUCGUCUUCGAAAGGAAGUGACGGACGGCAAAGCGAAGUUUUUAACCGAUCACUACCGGCAGCUGAAGAAUUCCAAGAUGUCUUUCCUCACGACGCUCUUCUCCGAGAGCGAUGAGCGGGUGAAUCUGCUCGUUCUGCUCAGCCAGUUGGAGUUCCGCCUGAAUGAGGUGUUGGAUAAGUACGACGAUAAAUACAUCACGAAUCACGACGACCGCCCGUUGCAGGUGACGCUUCAUUUGGAAAUGCAGGAGAAUGUGGUGGUGCUUCUCGAGGAGAUGCAUCUCUGCGUGCAGCAGUACCGACGACUUACCUGUCAGCCCGCGGAGAACAGCUCCCCGGUUGAUCCGGCGAAUGCGAAUCCGCGGCAUUCGUUGAAUCGAUUCUUCCCGAACAUGGAUAUCCCCCCGGACGAGACAGAUAGCUUUAUGACGAUGCUUUUUGAUUUUAAAAUCUACUACAACUUUCUCGCCCGGGAGAUACUUCAACAGCGUUCGACCGGGACUAGGGGCGGGGGAGGGGAUUUCGUGUGCAAAAAAAACCCCGACGUUCCUUCCACGGGAGGGCUUCGCGAGGAUCCGACGCGGCCGCCUUCGCAUCUCUCGGCGGGUUGUGGAACUUAUAUGACCUCCUCCCCUCUGGAUGGGCCCCCGAUCGGGCAUCGUGAGAUCUUUUCGACGCGUCAUUUCGACUCACGAGAGACGGAUCCGCACGGUGGGGAGGUGAAAGGCCUCCUCGGCGCUAUUCCCCGAUUCGAACAGGACGGCAGCGAGGAAUUAAAUCCGAAUAGCAAAAAUGAAUUCAUCUUUGCGAGCCGAAAUGAGUGGAUUGAGCGGAUGCUCGGCAGUUUGGGGUCCUCAGGGACCUACGCCGGGCAAACCCCCAGCGGUCUUCGAUGGAUGCAGCAGAAUACGGAGGGGAUUAUCUCGCCCGAUACGCUGCUCCCGCGUCUCCUACGCCGCCCUUUGGAGGAUUUAUGCCCGCGAAAAUUCAUCUCCGGCGUCGAAGUCUUCGCCGGUUCCGAUCCGAUUCAACAAAGGUACCUCUGUAGCGUUCCUCGCGUCGAUCCGUCCUCGGCGAUUCAGCUUCCACGGUAUGCUAAUUUUAUCAAGCUCAAGUACAAAAGCACCCUGCCUCUGCAGGAUGACGCUUAUGAGGAUCGAGCGGGGGAAAGCGAGGAGAUAACGCAGCAGAUAUCGCUCGAUAGUGAACGAAACGACUGCGCCGCGGGUAUCAACCGCUCCGGGGAUUCCGCCCACCCGCUCAGUCGACCAAACACCGCGACGAUGACCUCGCCGAACCUGAUGAAGGUGAGAUUGCAACACGUGGCAAAACCCCCCCUCCUUACCCAACAAUUUAGCAAACAAGCCUCCAAGCAAAUUAGCAAGUGGGGACCGAAAAGUCGAUUCAAGGAAGAGCAAGAAAACGAGGAUGCUAAAGGUGAGGAGGUUUUCAGCUCGCAUGAUGACUUUCGGGUAUUCCGUGAGCUGUGUGAGCGGCCGUUCUCGAAAGGGGUGCCUGGAAAGCUCACCACUCGCACGACGGGCAGCUCCACGACCAGCGUGUUGAUUUCCUUUGAAAGGCUGAACCCGCUCUCGCCGAACCGCGCGCCGGAGUGGAUGCUUUAUCAAACCCUUUUUGGUGGGUUUCGCUCGCUUAUCCCACGGAUCCUCGAUCACGCCGUGAUUGAUCAUAUCUUGCUUUGCACGUGUGAGCGGCACUUCACCCGCAUGGAGUACCGCUACAUGACGUGCCUUAAGGAGUCCGAAUCACGAGCGAUGAAUAGCCAAAUGUUGCUCGUCCUCACGGAGCGAUUUUUCCGUGAGGCCUAUGAGCUUUCGGAUUUUCAAAAAUCCCUUGUGGAUGAGCUAGAGGCCCGUUAUUCCUAUCCGGAGUUGGUGGCGAAGACUUUUUACGAGAUCCUCUGCUUCCUUGACGCCGCCGCCUCACAUGACGCGCUGUAUAACCUCUAUUUAGAGGUCAUUCGCGGGUUUGUCUCGCCUACGCAUAUCCACUUUGCCUGUUAUAUGCUGUUUAACAUGAGCUACAGUUGGCCCUCCGCGGAUCCGUAUCAGGUUAUUACUAAGGAUGAGGCCUUAGCGAUGUUGCGUUAUCUUUACCGUAAUGCGGAUAUCAUCGUUCACGUUGACGUGCAUGAGGUGCUUGAUGAUUACGAGCGGAUGUCUCGUGCGGCGCCACUGACGUUGAAUUAUAUGCGCAGCUACAUCGCUUCGAUUAUUCUACAUCAAGAGGAGACGAUGUUGUUGUAUCUUCAAGGGUUGUUCCGCUCGUGUUGUAUCGCGGAAGACCUCCAGAAGCUGACGUACGAUAACUACUCGAGUGUGUUUCUUAAGCACUGGAACGAAAGGUCCACGCAAACUGGAAUUGUAAGGUUUUUAACUACCACGCUUGGAUUUAACAAGAAGGCGUUCCUGUCGUGCGAUGACUUGGCACUCGUGGUCGCCAGUUAUUGGGCAUCCAACUUACUUUUAUAA